UACAAUGAAGGAGAACUCAUCACUGACUUCGAUGCUGUAUCAUUGUAUCCAUCAGCAAUUGCUAGACUUUACUGUUUAGAAGGAAUUCCAAAAGUUAUGACAGAAGAGAUGAAGAGCAGUGAAUACUUGUUGGAGCAUCUCUUUGAUGAUGACCAAGCUGAACCAACAAAGGAAAAGUUCAUCUCAGGAUUUUACUGUCAGAUCGAGAUCUUGUCGAUCGGUAAGAACUCAGCAUUCCCAUUGAUUGUCGUCAAUCCUGACAUCAACCCUGACUUACAUGUUGCCAGAAGUUCCAAUACAUGCUGCAAGAUGUUCGUAGACCACAUUACGCUUCAAGAUCUGAUCAAGUUCCAAGAGAUCUCAUGCAAAGUCAUUGAUGGAUACUAUUAUGAUGGAAAAAGGGACAUGACAAUAAGGAAUGAAGUUAAGAAGCUCUUCGAAUUACGUGCUAAGUAUAAGAAGGAAGGUAAUCCGAUACAAGAGAUCAUCAAACUUCUUUUGAACAGUAUCUAUGGUAAGACGAUAUUAAAGCCCAUUGACAAAAAGAUUCGUUUCAUCAAGGACAAUAAGCUCACUGACUAUAUCAUUAAGAACUAUAAUGACAUACAGACAAUAGAGUUCAUCCCCGAUUCCGAACUUUCAUGUGUAAAGUCAUUUAAACCUAUCGUUCGUCACUUUAACUAUUGUCCAUUAGGUGUUUCAAUCCUUUCUAUGUCCAAACGAAUCAUGAAUGAAGUAUUCUUCACAGCAGAAGAUUUGGGCUUGAAGUUGUUCUAUCAGGAUACAGAUAGUUUACACUUGUAUGAGAAGGACUUAGAUAAGUUAGCAGAAGAAUACAAGAGAAGGUAUAACAGAGAACUCAUUGGAAAAGCACUGGGUCAAUUUCAUUCAGACUUUGCAGAGAUUACUGCAGGACAUAUGUCUAAGGCACAAAGAUCUAUAUUCGUUGGAAAGAAGACUUACCUCGACGAAUUA